UUUUCGAUGUGAACGAGAAUGGGAAACCCUGGAAUAGUGGUUGUGGAGGGCACUGAGUAUACCCUCCGCUUGUCUGCCAGCGGGCCGGCGUACACGCUUAUCAUCGAGGAUAAGAAUUGCGGAUUCCGACUGGACGUGGACCUCGUCCCGGCCAUCAAGUUCCCUGAGGACCGGUGGCCUAUCACCAAGAAAUAUAGAAAGAUCCCCAAGCGUUGCAAGAAGGAGUUUUUCAUGGUGGUGCCGAAGCCCUACAAGGGCGGUCGCAGCCCGUACGACUCUGACCGGUCAUGGCGGCUCGCCAUGCACAUACAGGAGAAGGACCUCAUGUAUGACUCGUGUCAUAUGAAGCAGGUCAUACGGCUGAUAAAGAAACUACGCGACUCCCUAGGCAUGGACAAAAUAGCAAGCUACUACAUCAAAACCAUAUUCUAUCACGAGGCCAUCGAACGAGAGAACGACGAAGAUUUCUGGAGCAGAAACAGCCCAGCCGAUCUCUUCAUAUACAUGGUCAAGAAGUUCCUACAAUACUUGGAGAAUAAAAACAUUCCAUACUUCUGGAACGCGGAGAAUAAUUUGAUAGAACACAUUAAUGACUCCACUUUGGUCAGCUACGCGAAUAAGUUGAGGAAACUUGUGAAAGUUUUGGACAAUUUGGAUGAUCCGGAAAACUAUAAGAAGGUUGCGCAGUUUUUGCUGACGGAGAGUCAGUAUGAGUUGUAUAGGAAGAGAAUAUUGCGCAUAUAAUUAUAGGUAGGUACAGUCGAAUUCAUUAAUAUCUAUACAUUUCUUAACCUUAACUCGUAGCAAUAAGGUGAAAAAAAUUAUACAUAUUUAUGAACUCUACUGUACUUUAAGUGUCAAAGUGUACACUGUGCUGUAUGAGGCUGAUUUAUUUAGAAAUUAAGAACCUGAUCCUGAUGAAACUCUGUUCUUGGAAUAAAUUAAGAUA